AUGGAGGUUCACGUCGAACCUCAAGCCAUAGCUGAAGCUGUGGUGGACAAAAUCAUGCCUUCCUCUUCGACCUCAACCUCUAAUGUGAAAGUCACACCGGUUCCCGCAGCACUCAUAGACACAACAUUCUCCUCCUCCACGAACUUGACAACAACGGCACUUGGAGCCCAGAUUCUCUCGUUCUCCGAUGAGUACUUUGCCUCUGCAUCAAACCUUCUGACUGCCGGGCCACCAAUCCGUAAGGCGGGCUAUUUCGUCCAUACAGGUGCAUGGUACGAUGGUUGGGAGACGAGGAGGCACAACACAAAAGAAUAUGAUUGGGUUGUAAUUAAACUUGGUGCCGUGGGGAUUAUUGAUGCCAUCGAGGUUGACACAGCAUAUUUCAAUGGGAAUGAGGCUCCAUUUGCGGGGGUUGAUGGGGUAUUCUUGACCCCCGAACAAGAGAAGGAUAGUGGUGUCGACAGAGAAAAAUUUCAAGGAUGGACCGAAAUACUUCCUCCCUCCAAGUGUGGACCAUCGCAGAGGCAGGCCUGGAGACUAUCUGGACCGGCGGUCUCUGGCAAAGAGUUCACUCAUCUAAGGCUCAAGCAAUAUCCAGAUGGUGGCAUAGCAAGACUCCGCACAUAUGGCAGAGUCGUUCCUCCACCUUUACCGGUUCAAGCUGCAGGCUCUGAACGGCCAGUGGAGGAUCUGGCGAGUGCUCUGAAUGGAGGUGUAGCAAUUGAAUGUUCUGAUCAACAUUUCGGUGGAAAAUCCUAUCUAUUGUUGCCGGGUCGUGGGAAGGACAUGGGCGACGGCUGGGAAACUGCUCGAAGCAGAACUCCAGGUCACACAGAUUGGGUAAUCGCGAAACUCGGGCUGAAAGGGAGAAACAUCUCCAAGGUAGUGGUCGAUACGAAAGACUUCCGGGGCAAUUUCCCUCGCGCCGUAAAAGUAGAAGCAUUGGCCACAGAGGUCGCUAAAGCUGCUCUGGGGACGGAGCCUGAACCAAAACACGAUGCAACAGGUUGGGUGGAAUUGGUCAAGGGCGAAAAAGGCACAAAGGCUGACACAGAGCACGUUUUCGAAAAUGAAGAGCUUGCUGUGUCGGUCCCUCCAGAUGGGUUUGUAUGGACGCAUGUGAAAUUGACAAUCAUCCCGGACGGCGGAGUCAAGAGAAUACGAGUCUUUGGACAACGAGCCUAG